AUGAAUUCUCGAGCUAUUGGUGAAGCAUACACACGAAUCCUCAAGGUGGAACGCUCAGCCCCAAAUUUGCAGUUAUUUUCAGCGAUUACGGCCACAUCGUCAACUUUGAAGAAGUCACUCAGAUCGGGUUCGGUCGAGAAUGCAGCAAAUGAUAUUGGGGAGUCAUGUCGAAUACAAGCAUCAGUAACUAUUUCAGACCGAUCUAUCGACGCAGAAUCGAAGGCAUGCCCUCCAUAG